AAAAUGUACAUUAUUGUGUGGUGUUGUACAGUGCACUUUGCAACGUGAAAUAAAACUGAUAUAAUAAAAAAUGUCAUUCGCAAAUAAGGUAGCUUUAAUUACGGGAUCUGGGUCUGGAAUAGGAGCAGCUACAGCGCUUUCAUUUGCUGAAGAAGGUGCUCAUGUUGUCAUAGUUGACUGCAGCGAAGAGAGAGCUAAUAGCACUGCAGAGAAAUGCAAACACUUCGGUAACAAAGUCCUUAUUAUUACCGCUGAUGUGUCCAAAAAAGAAGAUCUUAAGAAAAUAAUAAAGAAUACAAUCGAAGAAUUUGGAAGACUUGACAUUCUAGUGAAUAAUGCAGGCACUAUAAAAGAAGGUAAAAUAUUAGAUGGGACUCUUAUGGAUACCUUCGAUGAUAUUAUGAACGUGAAUUUACGUGCAGCAGUACUGUUAACGUGUUUAGCUGCUCCACAUUUAAUUGAGGCUAAAGGUUGUAUAAUCAACACAUCAAGUAUAACCGGUAUCGAAGCAAGAACAGGGUACGGGUAUCCAUCUUACACUGUUUCUAAAGCAGCAUUGAAUCAUUUCACUCGUGUAUCAGCUAUGGAGUUUGCAUCAUCAGGCGUCAGAGUGAAUGCUGUUAAUCCAGGACCUUGUACUACCAAUAUUUUGGUUCACGCGGGGAUUCCUGGUAGUUUUGAAGAGAUGGCAGGUUUGACUGCUCUGAAGAAAGUAUGUGAACCUGUGGAAGUGGCUAACCUGAUUUUGUAUUUAGCCAGUGAUAAGGCUAAAAGUAUCACUGGAUGUUGCCAUUUAAUAGAUAAUGGGAUGGCACUGGUUUAAUAGUGCUGAUUGAUGAUUCAUCGUUAUUGAUAUUUGUUUUUAUGAUUCCAAUUCUUUGUAUGAUUAAAUGUUUCUAUAAAUGA